AAAUAAAUAACGUUCUCGUUCAUUAUCUUUAGCUUCCCUGAGCUUCUCUCUCUCACUACAUAUACAAGUCUUACAAGUCUCUGUUCUGUAGAUUUUAUUCACAAAACCUUGGAAAGAUGACGAGUCACUACACAAACAUCAUCUCUGUUUCUUAUCUCUUGCUUUGUCUCUUCAUCACAUCUUCAUCUGCACGCUCAUCCUUCAUACGACAAUUCACUGAUGGCUCCUACCCAAAUCUGCACCAGCAGGAGAAUGGAGCGGGACCUAUCCAAAGCCUGGAGGAAACGCAUUACUUACAUAAAAACCAAGAGAUCUCAUCACGUGAUUACAAAGUCUCAGCUUCAAACAAGGUGACGGGUCUGAGAGAUCUUCCUCCAGCUACUUACUCUCUAAAGAUGGAGUCUUUCAACACGCUCCUUAAGUCAACGUACGCAGAGAGAUAUGAAUCUCGUCCUUUCUCGGCCGCUGGAUACAACUGGACACUUGUUGUAUACCCUAACGGGAACAAGAAGGAUAGUGGUUCAGGGUACCUUUCUCUUUACGUAGCCAUAGACAACUCGACUCUCGUCGCUGCACAUCAAGAAGUUAACGUGGACCUCAAGUUUUACAUCUAUAACAAGAACGAGAGAAAGUACUUCACCAUCCAAGAUACAAAUGUAUGGAAAUUCAAUGUCUUCAAAACGAUGUGGGGGUUCUCUCAGGCCCUCUCUGUUGAUACCUUCAAAGACACGAGAAACGGAUACCUCUACGAUGGAGAUCACUGCGAGUUUGGUGUUGAUGUGACCAUUCCUUCUCUCUUUGAGAAAUCGGAACUUUUCUCCGUCACUGAGAAUCUCCAAACCCCGAGGUAUACAUGGACCAUUCGAGGAUUCUCCACGCUGCUCAAAGACACUUACUACUCAGAUGUCUUCUCAAUCGGAGGAAGAAGUUGGACUAUACAAGUGAAUCCAAAUGGUCGUGCCACAGGAGAGGGAAAGGCAUUGUCCAUGUAUUUGAACCUUGAUGUGAACGAGAAAUUCAGACCCUAUGAGAAGAUUUAUGUACGAGCCAAGCUUAGAGUUCUUAACCAACGCCAACUCAAUAACGUCGAAAGGCCACUCGAUAAUUGGUUCAAUGGCCCGGGACAUGGAACAUAUAGCUGGGGUUACCAUGAGUUUAUCUCUUUUUCUGAUCUGAGAGAUGCAUCAAAGGGUUUCGUUGUGAAUGAUGUGUUGAUGGUUCAAGUCGAAAUAGAGGCAAUUUCUUCAACCAAGUACUUCCCUAAUUAGAUUUUUCUUAACCGAGGAGGAACUUGCAGCUCCAUGUUUUUGCUUUCUUGUACUGCUUGCAUUUGAGAUUUCAUUUCCUCGCAUAGAAAUUACAUCAAACAAAACUCUCCCAUAUGAAUAAGAAUGUUUGUUUGUUCUUAUUUUUAUUUACUAUCGGUAAGUAGAGUAUAUCGAUUAUCAUAGUUUAGCACAA